AUGGAAGCAAUCAGCCCUCAGUCUCUCAAGCUCUACCCGUACAGUACUCUUCACUUACUCCUCAAUCCCUUCAUCAACGUCUCGAACAACUCCUCCAAGCCAAGUCACACGAAAUUCAACUUGCUGGCUGAACUUGAACUAAGGAUCUCCGAGCUCGAAUCCACCGGUGCACUCGUCUCUGCCUCCCAACAUAAAUCCAAGACACGCGUCAGGGAACGUACCCCGGCCACUCCCAACCAUUACGAAACUCAGGGCUUAGGAUUUGAGUCACUGUCUGGCGAAUCUACCGAAGCCAGCGAAGACGAAUCAAACCCUGUUGACGAGGACGUUCUUCGCAAAGUUGAGGAGCUCGAUGCCGCUAUGAAACGCUGGCAAGAAGGAAACUCGGAGAUCUGGCGCCAAGCUCGAGGUGAACCUCCUGGAGUGAGCAGACCGUCCACACCCUCCCAUAGUCCCAAUGGUAUGAUGCCAAUCACUCCACUCGGACACCAUCCACCCUCGGCAACCACCCCGCUCACUUCCGAUCCCAAACCAGUCCCGGUCAAUCAGCAAUGUCCAGCUACCGAUCAAUCCGUCAACCGGCGGGUUCGAAACACCCAACAUCGGGCUAACGAUAUCGAGUUUGCCACAGAGAUCGGACAGAGUCUACUGGGCGAAGUCCAUGAAGGAGGAGCGUGA